AUGUUUACGGAUAUCGAUUUCCAUCCGUACGACAUAAGCUGGUCGGACUGGACAGAUCUAUACAACGAUGAUGUGGUGGACCCACACGAGGACACAAUCAGUGAUAUAAGAAAAGUUCUUGAUGAGUACGCAAGUCCUACGUACCCAAGUUCUAAAGGGUACGAAGUCACUAUACGUCAACGCCCUGCAGUUCAAGACUUACGCCCUUUGUCCCCAUUCAGACGAGUACGGCGGAAAUUCCACGAACAUGACAAUGUUGCCGGACCUUCGAUUGAUUAUAACCGAUGUGAAAUGCAAAACGUAGCUGUAUGCAAUGAACAGGACGUAGAUAAUAAUACUCAUCGAUGCAUUCAAGACAAUGAUUCCGGAGAAAACGUUGCAAUUAUAAAUAGUCAAAGUGUGCAACGCAUUCCCGGACCUUCGAUUGAUUAUAUCCAAUGUGAAAUGCAAAACGUAGCUGUAUGCAAUGAACAGGACGUAAAUAAUAAUACUCAUCGAUUCAUUCAAGACAAUGAUUCCGGAGAAAACGUUGCAAUUAUAAAUAGUCGAAAGCGUGAUGAACCGGAGCAAAACGUUCCUAGUGGCGAAUGA